UGGGUAGACGAGGACGAGUGCGGAACUAUAGUGAUUCCCGAUUAACCGAGAACAAGGGAGAAGGAUGAAAAAUGGGGAGGACGAUGGGGUGCGAUUGAGGCUCUCGGUAAAGAGGAAGAGAGAAAUAAGCUAAAAUACAUGUACGCGCGUGCGUGAGCGGAGGGAGAGACUAAGGGGAGAGCGGAUUGAGUGUGUAAGAGAGGGAGAACGGCAUGGCCAGAGGGGAAAGACGAGAAGCGGAGAAGCUGAAGAAGGGGCAGAAGACAGGCCGGAACUUCAGACGUCUACGGACCUGCCCGCGAGUCUCGUUCCCUCCCUUUAAUUAAGUUUUUGCACGUUUUUCUCGCGCUAUCAUUUUCUCCCGUUAGAGUUAGGCCGUCUUCACCGAGCGAGAGGAGACCCUAAUCGCGAGAGAUCGGGAUGGCCCACGCCGCGUCCAACGAUGUCAACGAGAAGAGCUACAUCCUGGACGCGAAAAAGAACCUCGAGGACGUCGGCAGUGUCGCAUCGGAAGAGUCCUACGAUGACACGAGACACCUAGUCGGGGAGCAGGAAGGAGAGUCCGACAAAUUCAGCAGCCUGCCGCUCGCGAGUUUCAAUUUCAUCAAUUCCAUCAUCGGCAGCGGCGUCAUCGGAAUACCGUAUGCUCUGCAUCAAGCCGGCUUCGGUCUCGGCAUCGCCCUGUUAAUCUUAGUAGCGGCACUGACCGAUUACUCGUUAAUUCUUAUGGUGCGAAGCGGACACAUUUGUGGCGAGAUGAGUUAUCAGGGCCUGAUGCGAGCGAGUUUCGGCCGCGUCGGCUUCUACAUCCUCACGGUGUUGCAGUUCAUUUAUCCGUUCAUAGCGAUGAUCUCUUACAACGUCGUCGUCGGCGACACGGUCACCACGGUCCUGGUAAGAAUGACGGGGACGGACCAAUGGAACAUUUUCGCUCAUCGAAACAUCGUCACCCUCUUGACGACCCUCUGCAUCAUCGUCCCGCUUUGUCUGUACAGGAACAUCGCGCGGUUAGCGAGAAUCUCCUUCCUCUCUCUGGUCUGCAUCGGGUUCAUUCUCCUCGCCAUCUUCAUCCGGAUGGACACCAUGUCCGACACGGUCCCGAGUCAGAAGGACAGCUGGAGGUUCGCCAAUUUCUCAGGGAUCGUCCAGUCCAUCGGUAUAAUGGCGUUCGCCUUCAUGUGCCAUCACAACACCUUCCUGAUUUACGGCUCGAUUGAGAGAGCGACCCAGCAGAAGUGGGACGUGGUGACGCACUGGUCUCUCUUCACCUCUUUCCUGAUCGCCGCGGCAUUCGGGAUUGCCGGCUACGCGACCUUCACGUCGUACGUUCAGGGCGAUCUGAUGGAGAAUUACUGCUUGGACGACGAUCUGAUGAAUUUCGCCAGGAUCAUGUUCAGCGGCACCAUACUCCUCACCUUUCCGAUCGAGUGCUUCGUUACGCGCGAGGUGCUCAUGACGGCGAUCAAGGGGACGGAAAAAUUGGAGGGAGACGAGGCUUAUGUGCCUGACUCGGACCGUAAGUACCUGAUAAUCACCUUGGCGAUAUUAUUCAUAGCAUAUCUGAUCUCCACGUGGACGGACUGCCUCGGCGUCGUUCUCGAGUUGAACGGCAUCCUCGCCGCGGUGCCGCUCGCCUACAUUCUGCCCGGUCUCUGCUACCUCAAGCUCGAGGAGGGGCCCGUCCUCUCGUCCAAGAAGCUGCCGGCGCUCGGCCUGAUGGUCGCCGGUAUUCUGGUCGCCAUCUCGGGUCUCCUGCUGAUUAUAUUCAACAAUAAUUCAGUCGGUACCUGCUUUCACGGCAUAGCGUCGUAUUGCACCCCCGAAAAUGGGACGACGCCGUAUAGCGAGGUGAUCAUGGUGUCCACCGAAAACUACAACAACACGGAGAGCCCGAGAUCUGAGCUUAACGGUUAAGCACGGUAAAUCUCUAGCUUAAUCGUAGGUCUGCUAAAUUGGUGAAAGUAUAGCCGGGUGAUUAAUUUUGUGGGAGAAAUAACGUAUAACAUUUUGACGCAUCCAAUAUAUAAUUGCUUCGAAAAUCUCAAAACGUGAAAUUUUACAACAAACUUGCGGGAAAAGAGUUGAAAGUUUCUACAAGAUCAGAUACGGCAGGAUUUUAUCUAUGACUAAAUAUAUUAUUCCAAUGAGAGGGUACCCGAGAUUAUAAUACCGUGUCGUUAAACGGAAAAUAAAACUGCGCAAAUCAAACUGGUUGUAAAUCAAACUAGUUGUAAAUCAGGUUUAAAGAGAAAUAGCGAUUGUGCUAUUGUGAUGUCCUAAUCGAUAGAUCUCAUAUUGUGGAAACAUUUUAUGCUCUACAGUAGACUUUAAUAUUAAAUAUGUGGGACGUAAAUUUAUAGGGGAAAAAAAAACGGAAUGUUAUUGUUUACGUUAACGAUGGGGAACAUUUAAUUAUAUUGGACAAAAUACUGUUCCCUCCACGAUUUUAUUCCACGAUAUCGGGAUGAUAUGAUUGGAAAAUCAUAUAUCUCGAACGCAUGAUUAUCGCAAUAUAAAAUCAAUGCAAUAUAGGAUUCGGCUUACGAGCGAGAAAUCCGUAAAAAAAUUGGCAAUAGAUAUAUAAUCGUUCUUUCCGUCAUUUAGUAAAGUGUACAGACCUAUAUAAAUGUUUGUCGCACACAAAUUUACCGAGUCACAGAGUAAAAUCGUAAUCUUUCAAGUGUGUAACGAGUUUGGGAUUUACGACUGAAGACGAUUAAUCAAUUCUCCGCGACGCAUAUUAUUAGAGUCUCAGAAUCUUAAUGUACCAAUCGAGAUAAUUAUUGAACUUCCGAUACUAUUAUUGUACGUAAUAUAUAAUAUAUAUAGAAAGGACUCUUGUGUAUUUAGUCCUGAUAAAGUUCCAGAGGUACGGCUCUAACGUGAAAACAAAAUCUCUGUGGUUAUAAAAAAUGCGCGAAUUUUAAGGAAUAUAUUAUAAUUUUAAAGAAUAGUUAUUGCGAUUAGAAAAUGAUGACUAGGCAACUAACGUAUAGAAUACGUGAGCUAAAAUAUCAUUAUAUUUUUAAAAAGAUGUUGAACAGACAAAUAGUUUAUAAACGAGAAGAUAUUAUGUAUAUGUACGUUGUAUAUCUAUAUAUACACCACACAUAUAUGCACACUACGUUUGUAUUUUUUCGUGAUACGGGACUAAUAUUGAAUGUUGAAAGUAAGAAACAUACAAACGGAUCUAUAAUGUUCAUAAAAGAUAAUGCGAUAAUUAGCGGCUUAAAAGCUUUUUAUUCGCAACUUGUUCUACCUUACCUAGAUUCUUGACAUGCUCUGCGUUUUCUUUUUUGAAGAAAGAGAGAAUCGGAAGAAAGAGAGAACCAGCACUGAUAGUUUUUUAAUUUUUUACGACUCGUAAAAUCGUUUUUAAAAGUAUUUUUUGCAUAAGUUUUUUGAUACGAUUAAACUCAAGUAUUUUGUUUGCGAUAUGAAAAUAAAAGAUAUAAUAGCAUAAAAUAGGACGAAUAACGACAACACUUGACAUACCGGUGCAAUCAUCGCUUAGAUUUACCGCUGCAAAGUUUAGUUGAUCGGAAGAUUUGGCUAUGAGGAGUUACAUUGUAUGUUCAUAGUUCAAAAGACAAAAAAGAAAAGGGGAGCCAAAGUGUCUGUAAUGUAUCAAAAUAUAAUAUAGAGCCGCAGUGGAAAUGACACAAUCAAAUCGGGGGGCAAAAGUGAAUUUCUCUUUUUACCCCCCAAAUGACGCUUUACACUUACAGAAAACAAACACUGAUGCGAAAAAGACCACAUACAAGAGGAAAGUAUUUAUUCGCGCGUAGCUCGCGUACUAUAGUACAUAAGGCAAAAGAAUCAAAUAUGUUUACCUGUUUAUGCACAUUUGAAUAUAAAGAAAGAUAUAUAAAAAGCAUAUUUGAGAUAAAAAACUAUAUAAAGACUCUAAGUUGGUACAUACAUUAUAGGAACGGCCUAGGGAAAAUGGAAUAUAUAUUAUCGGUGAAUAUACACGUGAUGAGGCAAAGCGAGAGAGAUUUUGUGACCGUGUAUCGCAUGUUAUCACGCACAUACACAUCCGCUGUUUCGUGUCGCAGUGAAACAGACGCCUCGUUCGAGCGACAAGACUUGUACACGUUUAGUGACAUUUACGUUCGCAGCGUUAUCAUUAUACACGUGCGCGUCGCACAUUGGCGGUAUUCCUUAUAUAGAUAUAAUGUAUAAUUUAACCGGCAAAAUAAAUGUAAAUCUAUAUGCACGUACGAGAGAGGAAAGGACAAGACUCGCGUUUUGCGCCCUUUAGGGCCGGUUUUUCCAACCUGUUGGUAAUCUAACUAAUAGUUAAAUCAUAUGUCUAUCUUUGUUUAAUGUAAAGGAUAAACAAAGACAUAUAUAUGAUUUAACUAUUAGUUAGUUUAUCAAAAGGUUGGAACAACCGGCCCUAAGAGCGUCCACAUAUUAUUCGCCCCGCCGAUCUCUUUUCGAUCGCUCGUUCGCUCGUA